ACUAUGUCAGGGUUAAUGGUUCUUUUCUAUUAGAGUACCAUUUAGCUGGUUAUUCAAGCUCAUCUCGGCCUCAAAAGUGAGAAAGAGCUAAUUAAAUCAUUGUCGUAUGGCUCUACUUUAGUCCCUAAACCCAGUUUAGUAGUACAAAAGAAUCCAUAAUUUUAUGUUACAAAUUUGCAUAUCGGUCUUCAUCUCUUUUAUAUUUCGACGAUUUUAAUUUUUUGUUCUUCCAUGAGUAACAAUGUACCCCAUAUAGUUAUGAGGAUUACAUGGAUACAUAGACAUCACAGCGGUACGCCCGCAAACUCUGCAGACUCCGUAAUGUAUAAUGGAUUCGUGUCCACUCGGAUAACAAGUCAUAAAUAAUAUCAAGAAAAGAGUUCACUGACUAUUCAUUUGACACCAUAUUUUCAUCCACCUCGUUUCACUGUCUAGUCUGUAGAAAGUAGAAUUUCCGAAGAUGUACUUUUACUCGAUGCCGUCAGCUUAGAUCUUUAGUUGUACCAACUUACUAUACUUAUGCUGCCCUGUCUGGGGACGAAAACAACUUAUAUGGACAUGUUAGUCGUACCUGGAAUCGAACAAAGCUAUAUACCAUUCCAAUGUAUGGUAGGGUCCGAACAGCGAUCAAUAAAGUAUAGCAGACACCACAAAUUACACAAUUUAGUUUCUAAUAUUUAAUAGACGACGGUGGUAUUAUGCUUUUAGAUGCCAUUAACGCUAUGCAAUUUAAAUAUUAUAAGUACCGCUAGAUUGUCCAUUAAAACUUUAAAUUGUUAAGCAAUAAAACGCCAUUUUCUUGUAUUAUCAGCCCACUUACACAACUUAGCUUAUGGGGAAAUAUGAUAUUAAAGGGCAGUAACGUAUCUGAAGUGUAGUGAGUACCACGUGAGUUUAAUUUUUUAAAGCUCCGAGCUCCAAGUGUGCUAAACAUGCAAUAGUGACAUAAAAAUACUCAACAAUUAAACUUGAUGAUAUAUUUAUUCGGUAGGUCAGAGGCCUAAAAUUAUAAAAGCCUUGGCAACGCAGCGUUCUUCGAUAAUAAAUUCCAAUGAAGUGACAUUCAGAACGUUAGUACUAUAUAUCCAGAAAGAAGUGAAGCGAAAACCUUAAUACCCUAUCUUGGAUGAUCAUAGGGUUUUAAUUUUUUAAUCAUACGUACUAACUAACUGCCCCGGUUCUCCUUUGAGUCUGAUCGAGCUCUGGAACCGAAGAGCUGUUUUUUUCUACCAUACUGAUUUGAAGUGGGAGGUUAACACAUUUUUUUAUAUUACCUUACUUUAAUUCCAGGUAUUCCAUAGUGAUAAUCCCAGCGGUCAUACAUAGAUCUCACUAAAAUUUCAAACUCUCUUUCAAAAUGCAUUCGUUGAAGAUGGAGCGUUUAAUACGCGUACUCAAAGUGAUCUGCCAACUAUGCUGUGUGGCACCAAUAGCGAAAUCGAGACUAAGAAAAUUAAAUCGAUUACGUUAUUUGCAUUACGUAUACGCUUUCCUUAUAGUUACGCAUAUUUACCUUUUUAGCUCGAAGUAUGUUGUAAAUGUUGAUCCAUCACAUUUAACAUUUGAAAUCAUGUUUUACCUAUGCGAAAUCGUCGUAAAUAAUCUCAUAUGCACACUUUGUGUGUUCAACACUUUUUAUUAUGCAACUCUUUAUCGGGAAAUACCACAAAAGUUUUUAAAAAUCAUGAAGGAGCUGCAGGAACUUGAAACGCCGCAGCAACCAAACGAGUGGAAUCUGCUAUCCCGGCUUUACAAGGAAUUGUGCUGUUACGUUGUGGGCAUUUCACUUCUAACAGUAAUUUCUGUCGGCUUCAAUUAUGUGCAGGUGGACUAUAACGGAAAUGAGUUUCUCCGCUUCAUAGGCUCCUAUCAAUUACCCAAUUUUCUAUUAUUACUUAAAUUGGGACAAUAUUGGUUGGCUCUACGUUUUACGCAUCUGCUUUAUAAACGUAUAAACGAAACGGUAUGUCAGCGCAUAAAUCACUUCGAUUUGCAUAGGUCACCGGGUCGUAAUGAUGACAUGAUGAAUGCUAUGCUGCCACGCUCUUAUGGAGCGCAUGGUAGAGCGCGUUCCUGGUAUAAUCGUGAGUUUGCUGGCAUACAUUUGGAAAACUGUGAGGUCUUGGAGCGCCUACGUCGUUUAUACUCAGCUUUGGAUACGCUUUUGGUGCGCGUGGUCGAUAUGUUCGACUUAAUACUCUUGCUAAACUUUCUGGGUUCAGUGUUUGUCUUUUCAAUUAAUUUUUUCGAAUUAUAUAAGAGUUAUAAUGAACCACGUUUGAGUAGAAUGCUAUGGCAUUUACAGUAUACUGCACGAGUUUUCAUAAUUCUCUUGGCAAAUAAUGCGGUCGUGAAUGAGAAAUCUCGCACAACAUUUGUGCUUAAUCAGCUCUAUAUUACAUCGAAGGAGUUGGAGCAUGCGGUCAAUCGCUUUCUACUGCACCUGAUGAUGCGUAAGCCCGUUGAAAAAGUGUGCGGUAUAGUCGAACUGGAUUUGAUGCUAUUUACGGGGAUUUUUAGCGUUGUAAGCCAAUAUGUUACGUUUCUCAUACAAAUUGAUUUGAGCAAGGAUCCCUCGAAGAUAUCCAAGAUGACCGACAAUGAUAAUUAA